AUGGAUGAAAUGGAGGAAGAGUUAAAAUGCCCUGUUUGCGGCUCUUUUUUCCGGGAGCCCAUCAUACUGCCCUGCUCCCACAACAUUUGCUUGGCUUGUGCUCGGAAUAUUCUUGUGCAGACCCCCGACGCCGAGUCUCCACAGAGCAGCCGAGCCUCCGGAUCCGGCGUCUCCGAUUAUGAUUACCUGGAUUUGGAUAAAAUGAGCCUGUACAGUGAGGCGGACAGUGGAUAUGGUUCCUACGGGGGCUUCGUCAGUGCUCCGACCACCCCUUGCCAAAAAUCGCCAAACGGAGUGCGGGUUUUCCCCCCGACUGUCCCCCAGCCUCCCCCGCAACAGCACCUUCUACCGCAACCGGGCUCUUUACCACCGAUCCCCCGCAACUCCUGUAUCACUUGCCCGCAGUGUCACCGCAGCCUCAUCCUGGACGACCGGGGUCUCCGCGGAUUCCCCAAGAACCGGGUGCUCGAAGGGGUUGUGGACAGAUAUCAGCAGAGCAAAGCGGCUGCUCUCAAGUGCCAGCUCUGCGAGAAGAGUCCGAAGGAGGCCACCGUAAUGUGCGAGCAGUGCGACGUCUUCUACUGCGAUCCGUGCCGCCUGCGGUGCCAUCCCCCCCGCGGUCCCCUCGCCAAGCAUCGCCUGGUGCCACCGGCCCAGGGGCGGAUAAGUCGCCGCGCGAGUCCACGCAAAAUCUCCACUUGCACGGAGCACGAACUGGAGAAUCUAAGCAUGUACUGUGUGCAGUGUAAGAUGCCUGUGUGUUACCAGUGUUUGGAAGAAGGAAAACACGGCACACAUGAGGUCAAAGCUUUGGGCGCAAUGUGGAAACUGCACAAGGGUCAGCUCUCCCAGGCUCUCAACGGCCUGUCAGACCGAGCCACUGAGGCCAAGGAGUUCCUGGUCCAGCUGAGAAACAUGGUGCAGCACAUCCAGGAGAACGGGGUGGAGUUUGAGGCGUGUUUGGUGGCUCAGUGCGACGCCCUCAUCGACGCCCUGAACCGACGUAAGGCCCAGCUGCUGGCCCAAGUAAACAAAGAGCACGAACACAAGCUGAAGGUGGUUCGGGAUCAAAUCUCCCACUGCACAGUGAAGCUGCGUCAGACCACGGGACUGAUGGAGUACUGUCUGGAGGUCAUCAAAGAGAACGACCCCAGUGGUUUCCUGCAGAUCUCUGAUGCUUUGAUCCGGAGGGUCCACAUGACAGAGAGUCAGUGGGGGAAGGGAACCCUCACCCCGAGGAUGACCAGCGACUUUGACCUCACUCUGGACAGCGGGCCCCUCCUGCAGACAAUCCACCAGCUGGACUUUGUCCAGAUGAAAGUCCCAGCUGCACCGAUGCUCCAGCUGGAAGAAUGCUGCACUCAGAACAACAGCGCCACGUUGUCAUGGAAACAGCCACCGCUCUCCACCAUCGCCGUGGACGGAUACAUCCUGGAGCUGGACGAUGGAAACGGGGGGCCGUUCAGGGAAGUAUACGUGGGGACGGAGACCAUCUGCACAGUGGAUGGGCUUCAUUUCAACAGCACAUACAAGUCCAGAGUGAAGGCCUUCAACGCCAGCGGAGUGGGCCAGUACAGCAAGACACUGAUCAUGCAGACAUCUGAGACUGGACUCCCUCCAUGUGAUAUUCAGUCUAUAGACACAGUUGCUUGGUUCACCUUCGACCCGGCCUCCGCUCACCCAGACAUCAUGUUCUCCAACGACAACCUGACGGUGACAUGCAACAGCUACGAUGACAGAGUGGUCAUGGGUAACACUGCUUUCUCCCGGGGUGUGCAUUACUGGGAGAUGACCGUCGAUCGCUAUGACAACCACCCAGACCCGGCCUUCGGGAUCGCUCGGGGUGACGUCCUCAAGGAUGUGAUGCUGGGGAAAGACGACAAGGCCUGGGCCAUGUAUGUGGACAACAACCGCUCCUGGUUCAUGCACAACAACUCGCACACCAACAGGUGCAGGACGGACGGCGGCAUCAGUAAAGGAUCUACAAUAGGAGUGCUGCUCGACUUCAGUCGCAGGAUCCUCAUCUUCCUCAUCAACGAUGAGCAGCAGGGUCCAGUGGCAUUCGAAGGACUGGAGGGUGCCUAUUACCCCGCUAUCAGCCUCAACCGAAAUGUCCAGGUCACACUGCACACUGGUCUACCCAUCCCUGACUUCUACACCCCUGGGGAGGCAGAUCCGACUGGCUCUGUGUGCUAAAGACUCUCCACCAACCAGUUUGGGAAAACCUGGAGAGGUUCAUCCUGCCACCGAAUAACUAUGAUCCCGCCCUCCUCCCCUCCUCUUCUCUCCCUGACCGACUGACCCCGUGACUCUCUGUAACAGGCCCCAUCCAGCGCUGAGCCAUGCCUUUAUCAUGCCUAAACCUUGGACACAUGGACCAGCCGCAGAACACUGUCAAAACGGACGGUGCUUAGACAUCUGUACCUUGUAUUUUGUCAUGAUACAGAUAAUUUAGGAAGGAGAAAACCUGUUCUGAUCUCAAGCUGAUGGAUCUGGAAUGUUAUAAAUUUCUGUACAGCGAUAAUAAUGUGUGCUUAAAGGAGUAGUUUGACAUUUUGGGGGGAAAAAAAAUGCUUAUUUGCUCUCUUGCUGAGCGUUAGAUGAGAAGACUGAUACCACUCUUAUGUCUGUUCAGUAAAUAUGUACCUACAGCCAGCAGCUGGUUAGCUUAGCUUAGCACAAACAAUGAAAAUGGGGGGGAACAGCUAGCCUGGCUCUGUCCAUAGCUCGAAAAUACCUCUACCAAGACCUCUAGAGAUUAUCUAUUAAAUCAUUAUGUGUCAUUUGUAGCAUAAAAACAAGCAAGAUGAAAACAUGGUAAGCCAGACCAAGCUAGUUGUUUACCCAAUUUCCAGUCUUUAUAUUAAACUAAGCUAAGCUAAGUGACCAAAGGCUGUAGUUCACAUUUAUUUUACACACAAGAUCAAUAUCGAUCUAACUGAGUGUUUCCCAAAUUGUCAAACAAUCCCUUUAAAAGAAGGAGGUUUUGUAAAUGAGUUGAGCAAAAGGAGCCCCCAUCAUACCAUCAACCAACAGUUCUUUAUCCUUCUCUUUUUCAAAAGCAAACACACACACAAUAUAUCUUGUAUUAUGUUUUCCUGCCAUCGGUCACAAACA